CUGUUUCUCUAGGAAAUGUAUCCACUUCCGGUCUAAUUCGCCCGUUUCCGGUGAAAGCACCGGCACGUGUGGCUACUUAUGUCUACAUUUCUUCGUGCUUGUAACAGUUCCGAAAAAAAAGUUCACUUUUCGAAGUGAGUGCUUUCUGUGAGACACCAAACAAGCGGCGCAGUUGACGCGCGCAUCGGGUCAUGAGUUUUGUGGAGUACUCGGAGGAGAUCCGCGACGGCGACAUGGCCAUCGUGUACCAGGGCCACGAGUCCAUGAUGCCGGUGAAGGUGCGGCACGGCGCCCAAACGCAGACGCGCUACGGCGCCAUUCGCCAUUCGGCCGACCUGAUCGGAAAGCGCUACGGCGCCAAGGUGACGUGCAGCAAAGGGGGCUGGGUGUACGUUUUGCACCCCACGCCCGAGUUGUGGACCGUCACGCUACCGCACCGCACGCAGAUCCUCUAUACCACCGACAUCGCCACCAUCACGCUCAUGCUGGAGCUCAAGCCGGGAUCCGUCGUCUGCGAGUCAGGCACGGGCAGCGGCUCUCUGUCCCACGCCAUUUUGCGCACCAUCGCGCCGACGGGCCACCUGCACACGGUGGAGUUCCACCAACAGCGCGCCCAGAAGGCCGAGGAGGAGUUUGCCGAGCACCGCGUGGACCACCUGGUCACCGUCACCAACGCCGACGUCUGCGAAGACGGCUUCGGGGUGACGGGCGUGGCCGACGCCGUCUUCCUGGACAUCCCCGCGCCCUGGGAGGCCGUGCGGCACGCCAAGGCCGCCCUCAAAGCGCACGGAGGUCGCAUGUGCUCCUUCUCGCCGUGCAUGGAGCAAGUGCAGAGGACGCGGCAGGCCCUGUUGGCCGCCAACUUUGAGGAGCUCAGCACCUUGGAGGUGGUGCUGAGGGUUCACGAGGUUCGCAGCGUCUCCAUGCCGCUGCCCGACUUUGGGCCCGACGCCGAGGCGCCGCCCGACCGCGGCGCCGCCCCCUUGAGGACCACCACGCCGCCCCGCGAGAUGCCCGCCCACACCGGCUACCUGACCUUCGCCGCCAAACCCCGAGACCGCCGCCUUUGAUCGUUUCAACUUUUGCCGAGGACUUGGCGCUUUCCAUCCGGCGACUGUGGCGACUCGCCGUGAUUCUCCAAAGAACCUUCGAAAACCACCGCUGAAAAAAAACCCAAAGUUGUUCUCGUUUUACUCACUUUUGCCGUCUUCAUCGUAUUGCGAACAGGGCGGAGGAACGGCAGAGCAAAGUUCAAUCGUUGAAUUUUCAAUUUUCAAAUGUUUUGAGUUUUUGUUUUUUUUAGAAUUUGAGUUUUUAAACUUGAGAUGAGACUGUCGUGCUUUUUUUGUUGUCGGGAUUGUUAAUACGAAAUGAAAGUUUGUCAAGAGUUGGAAUAAUCGCACUUUUUUUUUUUUUAACGUCAUGGAUAUUGUUAUUAAAAG